GUACUUCCGCUUUGGAAAUCAAGUCGGCGAAAGUUUGAUGAACAUACGAUCAUUAUAAAAAGUGCCAGUGAACCGAUAACAUCGGAACGAACUGAAAAAGAGUUUUAAGUGCGAAAUAGAAUUUGUGAUUAAAUCUCAAGAGUAUUUUUUAAAAGAUAAAUUGUUUGAAACGAAAAGAAUCAAAAUGAGUGAAUUACCCAAGGGAAAGUAUACGAUGGUUAGUGUUGAUGUCGACACAACUGGACGACGUCUGAUUGACGAAAUUGUUCAAUUGUCGGCUUAUACUCCGGAAAGCCAAUUUGCUGAGUAUAUAAUGCCAAUCAUGAAUCUAAACCCGGCUGCGAGACAAAGACAUCAGAUUCGAGUCAUUACCGUUGGUUUCUUCAGAAUGUUGAAAAGCAUGCAGACCUAUAAGGUGGUCAAAACGAAACCAGAAAUUGCGGUGUUAAAAGACUUUCUCGACUGGCUCGAGACGCUUCGUAAAAACGAUCCGGAAUCUAAAGGAAUUAUUUUAAUUCACCACGAGCAACGGAAAUUUGUUCCCUAUAUGCUUCUAGAGGCAUUGCAAAAGUACGACCUGGUCGACCGCUUCAUGAAAUCGGUGAAAUCGUUUGCUGACGGUUUUGCACUUUCCGUGGAAAAAUGCGGCAAUCCGGUGAAAUAUUUUUCGAUACUUCAAACAGCUGACAUUUUGAAGUUGAACUAUAAGGACGCUAAAGAGAACCAAGAUUUUGACGGUUGUGCAAGGAUCCGCACCAAGCUUGCUUAUCAAAUCAUUGAACAAAUAGCUAAAGGUGACGAGAGCGAUCUGGAUGCAGAAGCCACAGCAAAGAAAAUGCACGAUCUUGUCUUCCAACGGGCCUCAUCGAUCAAGUCACAUUUCUCAUCGCUGGACGACCAAAAUAAGUGCAUGGAACGCCAAAAUUCGAUGCGACCGAUUUUCGUCAAUUACUUUAAAGUAACGCUGUACCAUCGUGUCAGAGGUGUGACUUUCCGUCGAGUAUUGGCUGAUCAUGGCUACGAUUUCGAGAGUCUCAAGGAUGUCUGGGAGUCAAAGAAGAAGGAGGGAUUAGUCGAACUCGUUAACACCAUCAGUGAUUUGAAAGAGGAAGAUCAGAAGGAACUCAUCGACAUUCUCGAUUGUCACUUCGAUCCAGACAAGAAGCCAAUUCUACCGAACAUCAAACGGAACAAUCGACCCAACAAUAGACGUCAGUCGAUCUCCCAAAAGGAAAAUGUCAGACCUCGAAAUCAACGAGACGAUGGUGUCAAGAAAGGUGGCAACGAUGCUAAUAACAAGAAUGCAGGAAAUAGGCGCCAGAAUCGACGCACGCGCCGUCGCAGCUACAACUCUGCAACUCGUCCGGCAAAGGGCGAUGAUAUGAAGCAGCGCAACGGUGGUAACAUGGCGCCAAAUAUGGUGGCUGCUGCCAACUAAGAUCAACAAUUGCCUUCGAAAAACAUGAUACUCAACAAACGACUUCCGCAGAUAUUUUAAGAACAACACACAUCCCCAACGUCUUGUUUACCCAGCUUCCGGUGGAAGCGUAUCAAGUUAAGUUAUUGCAUCAUACCCAAAGGCACACAAAAAAUCUUUUUAAAUGAUUGGAAGUGAACAUUUUGAAGCGAAUCGAUCCAACUUUGAAUUUACAUGCCUUAUCGGUCAAUCGCUACUGUCAUUUCCAUCAAAAUUUGUGUCCUUUUUGUUGGCCACGCCACUUAGCAAAGUUCAAUUUUUUUUAUUCUUGUUUCUUUUAAAAUCGAAAAUUUUUAUUGAUGAAUUUUAAUGUAAGUGUUUGAGGAUAACAUAUUGCCUUCAUCAGUCAAACCAUAACUUUGUUAAGAUUCAUAACAAAAAAAAAAAAUCAUUUUGCCGCGCAUUAAUACUUUUAAAAGCAAAAUGUGUUGAUGGUCUUUUGGGGUGACCGAGAAAAAGAAUGAAAUGAAAUUUCUCAAUUUUUUAAUUAAAUUAUUUGCAACAACAACAAUCCUUGAUG